AUGCCCAAGGAAACCGGAAACCGCCCACAACACCAACAACAUAAAAUGGCGCCGUCUUUGCUCUUCAUCCCGUCGGAAAUCCUUCACCUGAUUCUACGCGAGUUACGCCGCUCGUCACUCUCCUCAUUCGGUCAGACCUGCAAAGCCGCUGAGGCCUUCGUCGAGCCGCUACUUUAUCGCAGCGUCCUCUUGCGGUUCAACGACAAAGACAGCCAGCGCAUCCUGCCAAAUCAUGCUAUCCAUUCUUUCUUCCGAGCCAUUCGCCAGCGGCCAGUCCGAGCGAGCUAUGUCGAGACUGCCAAGCUGCUCUCUGGCACGAGCCGUUGGGGCUGGGGAGAUCUGCCCAACUUUCCCGCGCCCCCUGAUGUGAAACCGUUAUGGUUGGAGGCAUUACAAGGCGAUGGCAUCCAACAGCAACGUGUGCAGGAGGCCGAGAUGCUCACAUUGUGUGCCGAAAUCGAUGUCGGAAGCCCCGGGGCCUUGGUGGCAAUCCUCUUAGCCUCCCUUCCCCAGCUAGAGACACUGGUAACAGACGUUUCCAUGUUGGAACAGCUUGAUAGAACACUCGGUGACGUCUUCGAGGGUCUUCGGAAGUUGAAAAAACUCACUAUCCGGAACAACCUGGACUCUCGAAUCCUCAAUCUUGACAUCAGGGGAGAGGGGUGGGGUGUGUCGAGUCUUCCUCGCCUCGAGCACUUAUCGACCGUCUUCCAACGUGAGGACGACACCUCGGUCGCCCACGCCAACCUCCCGGCCCUCCGGACGCUCAAACUGACGGACCAUUUAUCGGAUCCGUCAGCUAUCAGGGAGCUACUUACCAAAACACCGAAGCUGGAACGGUUCAGCUACUUCUUGGUCGAGGAUACGGAUGAUCUCGCCGCCGAUGAGCACUACGAGGCAGUUCAUCAGGACGAAUGGUCUGCCUUUGCCACGAGCUUAGGGAGCGUUGCCGAGACGCUCAGGAUACUGAAAAUAUCCACCGACGAGGCGGCAACCGAGGACUAUCCACCGGACACGAUGGACGAGGAGUGGAUGAUGGGCAUCUCAGCCCGCCGAGGGAUCAUCGGUUCCCUCACGCACCUGCAGAACCUGACCAAGCUGGAAAUCCCCAUGCAUAUACUCCUCGGGUGCCACCCGCACCGCACCAACCUACGGGACACACUCCCUCCCGGUCUGAGAAAGCUCUACCUACGCGACGAUCUCGUCUACGGCGACGAUUGGGGUACCUACGUCCCCGAGGUCCUUAUUUCAGCCUUGAAAUCAUAUCUCCUUGAGCACGGGUCCGGCGACGAGGGGCUCUCGCUGCAGGAGCUCCGCGUCAAGCUGAGGGACGCCCGACCGAUGGAUAUUUUCGGCCGGAAAGAGAUACAAUCCGGCCAGGGACUCGACGAAAGGCACCCCCUGGAGCAGCUGGCGGGUGCUUCCAGACAAGCGGGGGUAAGAUGCACGAUACACUUCCGUGACCUCAAGAAAACCUUCGUUUCCACCAAGGACGAAUGCAUUGACCGGGUGGAUGAACUGGUUCUGUACGACCCCAACACCGCUAACCCGGGGGGUGGGCCAGAGGAUACCGUCAUGGGGACGGCCCGCUACCCCACGAGGCGGCGUCGGUUGAAGAGAGCAAGGUGCUUCCAGUCAAAUGUAUAACGCAAUGGGGACUUUCCAACGGGCCCUGAGUCACUGGGCACGCCC